AUGCUGUCCAAGGAAGAGGAUAUCAAAGCGUUCAUAUCGCGACAUCGCUCGCUUCUGCUCAAAGAGCGAGAUGCAGAAGUGGAAAGAAGCUCGCUGCUCUUGUCCAACUGCGGCCCCAGGCUGCUCGAACAGAAAGGACUGGCCCUGAUCGGGCUCGGCGUGUCCAACAUAACAAUAGGUCUCGGAGGGAAAACUCUAGUCGAGCUAGAGCGCCCUGCGUUGUAUCACACCAAUCAACUAUUUCCACCUCAUACUAUACGACCCGGGGAUCUCGCCCGAAUAGAGGAAAACGUGUCUGCCUCUGGCUCGUCGAAGAAGCCGUCCAAGACGAAGAAGGCUACUACGGAGAACAAGGCCAGCAAUCAGACUGCGGAGGGUGUGGUGUACAAGGUCUCGGAUACUCGUAUCGUCAUUGCCGUCGAUUCUUCCGACUCUGGUUCCGAUGACUUGGAUCUCCCUGAACGAUGCAGAGUGGUCAAGCUGGCGAACAGCGUUACCUAUGAUAGGAUGGACAAGGCUCUGGACCAGCUCGAGAGGACCGUGAUAUCAUCUAGCACCACGGGCGCUCCUGGCGCGGAAAAGGCGCAGCCGGAACUGACCCGCCUGACCCAAGUCCUGCUCGGGAUGGCUGAGCUCUCCGAGAAGUCUCCGGUCGGGGAGCUAACGUUCUUCGACCCUUCGCUGAACCCGAGCCAGAAGGAGGCCGUCAAGUUCGCACUCGAGUCGCCGGAGCUCGCGUGCAUCCACGGACCGCCCGGGACCGGGAAGACGCACACGCUCAUAGAGAUCAUUCGGCAGCUCACAUCUGGCACGCCAUCGAACCCCAAGCCCCAACGCGUCUUGGUGUGCGGAGCGUCGAACCUGUCCGUCGAUAAUAUAUUAGAGAGGCUUCUAGCGCUCCCGACCGCAGAGAAGGGGGACCGGCUGAAGGUCACGCGCGUGGGGCAUCCGGCGCGUGUGAUGGCGAACGAAGGCGUUCUGGACGCAACUCUCGAGGUCAAGUCCAAGAGGACUGAUCAGGCCGCGUUGGCGAAGGACGUUAUGAAUGAGCUCGAGGCAGCCCUUAAUACGCUUUCUGGAAAAGGCAAGGGAGCGAAGGGGAAGGGGCCGAGAGGAAUUGAGAGGAAGAAGAUGUGGGAAGAGGUUCGCGCUCUGCGCAAAGAGUAUCGUCGGCGAGAAGGCGGAGUCGUCGAAGCUGUUCUCGGAGAAUCGCAGGUGGUCCUUGCAACUUGCCAUUCAUCAGGCGGCAGACAGCUGAGGAACCAUAAAUUUGACGUCGUGAUCAUUGAUGAAGCCACGCAGGCUAUGGAAGCGGUUUGCUGGAUUCCGAUCUUCAAAGCGAAAAAGCUCAUUCUCGCAGGAGAUCCCAGGCAACUGCCUCCGACCGUCUUAUCCCUAAACGAAUCGCGUAAGAAGGCUAAAGAUGGUAAGCAAGGCGCGAUCGAGAAGCCAAAGGCCAAGGGGCUUCGGCCUCCUAAAACACUAGAGACGACGAUGUUCGAGCGGUUGGAGAAGAUGUACGGCCCUGACAUCAAGCGAAUGCUGACCGUCCAAUACCGGAUGCACGGCCUCAUCGCACAAUUUCCGUCGAAAGUCCUCUACGGGUCCAAACUGACCGCAGAUGAAUCGGUAGCGGCGCAUCUGCUGCGCGACCUUCCGAACACGAAGGCUACCUCGGAAGAGGACGAGAAGGAGGUCUUGGGGACCCCCGUCGUGUUCUUCGACACCGCUGGGUGCGAGUAUUUCGAGAGGCUCGAGGGAGAUGGCGAGGAGGGAAGCCGAUGCAACGAGAACGAAGCGACCGUGGUGAAGAACUGGGUGGAGACAUUGGUUGGAUGCGGAGUAACGCCUUCACAAAUCGCGGUCAUCACUCCGUACCAAGCGCAGGUGACCCUCAUGACGUCGCUCUUGCGCCCCUUAUACGGCCCAGAAAUAGAGAUUGGAACCGUCGACGGGAUGCAGGGCCGCGAAAAAGAAGCCAUCGUGAUCAGCCUGGUGCGCAGCAACGAAACGCGCGAAGUCGGUUUCUUGAAGGAGAAGCGCCGGCUGAACGUGGCCAUGACGCGCGCGAGGCGUCAUCUGUGCGUAGUUGGCGACUCGUCGACCAUCCAGCACGGAGGCUCGUAUCUGAAGAAAUGGCUUGCGUGGCUAGAGGCGAACGCCGACGUCCGAUAUGCUGGACUAGAUUGAACACAAGUAUAUAGAAGGCCAAGGCAGGCACGUCCCGCCAGGCAAGAGUUUCCGUAAUGUAAGAUAUCGUACACGUAAAACAACAGCGACCAGUCGACGAGCUAUAGUUAAAAAAA